AUGUCUGAAUCGAUCGUCGAUGAUGGCAGACCAUGCCGUGGCGGUAGUUUCUUCAAGUCGCUCCAAGCACAAGCAAUCAUCGAAGGCACCGAUCAUGUCGCCCUUCUGUAUUCCGCACUCGGCGAUAACGCAGACUCUGUCCUUUCGACUCUGGACAAUCUCAAUGCUGGCAUCGCAUAUGUGCAUCAGGAUGCCUUCAAAGCUGUAUACGACGGUGUCAAGUCCGCCAUGCAUAAUUCCGGGCAUUCCUUGGCAGAUAGGAAGUCGUUACUGAGGGUUGACGUCUGCCAGCAACGCGACAUGGCCGACCACGCCAUCGACAAGACUGCAAACUCUGCAGCCAACUUCAUCGAGGCUCAGCCCGAACACAGUCAGGAUGCUGUCGCGAAUGCCUGGAUUACCGGGACCACCAUCAUGGCUGACGCAGUUUCUGUGUGCCUCAAAGAGAUGGAGCACCUAGAAGACAGUCUGGACGACUUCAUCCGCCUCGAAUACUCCUGGAACUGCAUCCAAUCCUCGGUCGAUGCCGCGAUUUCGGCCCUUCGCGGAAUCUUCAGUCUCAUGGCUCCUUCAAACACCAACGAGAUUGUCGUCAACAAUCCCACUCCACCCCCAGCUCCACAGGGUCUCUUCGGCCGCAACCUAAGCAUCUCAUCGAUCACAGGCUCCGAUCAUGCUGGCAACGCGAGCAACCGAUCUCGCAACUCUUCAACCGCAUCAGCAUUCAGCCUCUUCAAGCGCGCCUUCAGCCACGGCCAGAUCCAGCCUCCUCCUGCCAAAACAGCGCGUACGGGUUCUAUCGCGUUACCCGUGCCCGAGGCCAAUCCGCGUAGUUUCCGUACGAGCAUGAGCGCUGCGUGUCCCACGAAGAUGCCGACAUUUGGAGAGCACCCACACACUAUUUUGACUACCAUUCCGCCGACGCCGGCAGCGGAUGGCGCAAGAGACGGCGGUCUGCUGAGUCCGUUCAAUCAUAGUGACGACUACUUCGCUUUUGAGACAGUGGAGAAGAGCAACAAGACGAGUGCAGCAGACGACUUGAUGCAGAUGUAG